AAAUUUUCCAAGAUGGUGGUCGAGUUGAGCCAAAGUCGGCGGGGCCUGUGUGCACCUUCGUAAAGAAAAAGCAUGUAUAAGCCGUAGUGUUAUAUAUCGAGAGACAUUUUUUUACUGGCCAAAAAAUUGCAAUACUUAUUAACGCGUUAAAAAAAAAAAUAAACAUCUCGAUCACAGUAUUUCGUGGACGGCGGCACAGUGAAAAAGCGAAUUCCAAGAAGUACCCGGUUGUGCGUGUGUGUGUGCGUGCUCGUUCGUGUUCCUUUCUCUCUCUGUCUUUCUCCCUGCGGAGGAGUCGGAUAACACGGCAGUGUAAUAAAUAUUUUUUCUCUCUUUUGGGUUCCGUGUAAAUAUGAAUACGUUUGUGUGGAGAGAUGUGACGGAGGUGACACCCCGAAGUUCUGUGUCGUGCACGUAUGGCAGAGACUAGACAUUUUUCAUCCCGCGAUAAGGAGGGACAAGGACGGGGAGACAAAUUUUAAUCUCUUCUCUUUUCUCUCGUUUUUUUUUUUACUUUUAUCGCCGUAUUGAACGCGGGCGGCGGAUAUAACGAUUACCAAAAAGUUUUUACAUCUUUUUACUUCACCCUGAUCCUCCCUACUCUCCCUCCUGGUUCCUCUAUACACCCGUGGGUCGGUCGAAACGUGAUCAUGCUGUGGAUCAACGCGUCUCUCACCUGACAAAAAUCGCUAAAAAAGGAAAUACAUCGACGUGUAACAAGAGGAAGGAGAACAAGAUAUUUGUUCGGUGUUUUUUAUUCUUUUAACGGUUUCUCGAAGGAGGAGACUUGGCUUGAACAGAGGGAUCUCUCUCGAAGGAGAGAGAACAAAAGAAGUAAAACGUAAAGCAAAAAAGGAGAGGCCCUUCCGUGGACGUUAACACCGAUGUUUUCGUGACAUGAUGGAAAGCAAGCUUUACGUGAAGAACGAGCCAGGACUUGAGGGCCAACCUCCGCUAGGAAAUUCGCAAUCGAGUCAAUUACUGAACGAGGAGGGACGUUCGAUCGGUGGUCAGCGUAUAUGUUUCAUAUGUGGAACGCUAAGUCACAGCGAACAAUAUUGGCUUCGUGUAAAGCCAAGUCCUGGAGGACCACCGAACGAGCCCUAUUUUCCAUUUCUCGAGUCGCACGAACCGCCGAUCGGUUAUCGGGGCGAAGGUGCGAGAAACGGAGCUGUCAAAGCUUGCAGCCUCUGCUACGCACUUCUGUUGCAACAAUGGGAGAGUUACGAGAGGGAUGUGAGGCCUCACAGCCAACGAAUUUAUUGGCUGAAGCGUUGUGACGGUGGCCCAUUUACGGGUGCAGAAAUGGCGUUGCAGGGUGAAUACGCGGCCCAAGUUCUUGGUCUGACCAACGACCAACAGCACCAGCAACAGCAACAACAGCAGCAACAACAACCUUUGCAAACGCGUCAGGACAGUCGUUCGGUCGGUUUGUCACCGAGAUUACCACCAAAUUCUCCCUCGCCUCGUGUCGAACAAUCUCGACCACCUUCAAAUUCCAUGGAGUUACCGAGACCUCAUUCAAACACCGCUGACACCUCCUCGAGACACGUCGAACAAGUUCGACUGACCAUGGAAUCUCCUCAUCAAAGACUACAAUCGCCUCAUCAACGUCUUCAAAGUCCACGCCAACUUACCGAUGAGACGAGAAUCGCUAACGAGGCUGCUCUCGAUCUCAGACACGCGCCUCGGACCUCGCCCGCGCCUCAGUCUGACUUACAACCUCAACCUCAAGCCAUUUAUACUGGAGGAUCUUCGUCCAGUGUGGUCACUGAUAUAUUGGAUCUAUCAAUGCCCGAUAAAAAUUCCGUUACCGAAGUAUGUUACGUUUGUGGAGACGAAUUCAAGAGAGGCUCUCUAAGUCACAUCGCGGCGAAACCACUGCCAACACAACCCAAUCCUUCCGCAAGCCCACCACCUUUUUUCCCCUCUUUGAUGCUUCAUCCACGACCCAGCAGAAGUCGGCCAAUGGACAGUGCUGGUCGAGUGCAGGCGUGCUCGGCGUGUCAAAAUCAUUUGUUGCUGCAAUGGAAAGCAUACGCCAGACAAGGUAUACCUCACGGUGAAAGAAACUAUACAUUACGAAAGCGUCAAGCACCAACGAUGGACACAACUACCUUCAUAUGUUAUACGUGCGCAUUGGAAUAUCCCUCGUCCAGUAUUAGACUGCUUUAUUGUUGUCCAAAUCCCGAGAAGGAAGCUUACUUUCCAUUCAUAUGUUCACUGCGACCUCCGCCGGGAGCUAGUCCUAUAAGUCCUCAGGGAAUGGUGCAAGUUUGUUCCAUAUGUUACAAAGCUAUUCCGCAGAAGCAACAGGUCUUUGGCGGUGAGAAUAACGAACCUCAGACAGCUGCACAGUCCGUUGAUUUUCGUCAGCAAGGUCCUUCUCCAAGACCGGCAGUCGCAAAAUCACCGGCAAAUUCGUCCGGCAGCGAUAUACGCUUCAAACCGUACGAUUUAAACAAGUCUACCGUGGUUGCAAGUAAGCCACGAAGUGCCAAUGUUAAGGUUCAAAGUUCGGCUCAACGAAAUUCACCGAGCAACGGUCCAGCGGAAAAUGGUACCGUGGCACUCGGACAAAAUUAUAGGUGCUAUAUUUGUGAGCGGCUUUAUCCGCGAACCCAUAUGGAAUGGUUAUCUACGAGUCCCGAAGGAAUGAAUUCUCAUGCCAUGCACUUUCCAUGCUUAAGAGGGAUGGCGCGUACUUCGGAAAACGCUUGUAUGGAUAGUCACGGCCGUGUUUUGGCAUGCACACAUUGUGUCAAUCACUUGGCACAGCAGUGGGAAAACAUGGACGCGGAACGUGUUCCAUUGGAACGCCGAAGAUACGAUAUCCCUAGUCCGCACCCAAAUGGCGACGUGAAUCGAUCGAUCGCGACACCACCAAGUUCUGGCUCGGAUCGUACCUUUGGAAGUAAUCCAGGGACAUCGAGUAGUUCGAUAUAUUGUUUCUUGUGCGGUUUACACAGCGAUUUGACGCUGGCACGUGUCUUGUACGGUCGACCGCAAGGUCGCAAUGCCCCAUUUUUUCCCGAAUUAUUGCGGCAUCAGUCACCACCUAAUGCAGAACAAUUACGGGAUGAUGGUUCAGCUCUAGUUUGCACAUUUUGUUACCACUCGUUAUUGGCGCAAUGGCGUCGAUUCGAGUCAUUAACGACUGGACAGCAGGUCAACGCGGCCGAGCGUCAAUAUAACACACACGAUUAUUGGUGUUACGUUUGCGGCAUAACGACUUAUCGGAAACGAGCGAGAGCUUUACCAGUCAAAGAUUUUCCGUUUUUGAGGUAUCAUCGACAACCGGAAAAAAGCCUCCUGCUCGAAAAUGGCGACUUUGCUGUUGUCUGCCUCGACUGUUACGAAACGCUACGAACACAAAGCCUCGAAUACGAAAGAUGGGGAUUGCCCGUUGAGAAACGAGAGUACAACUGGAUCGUUCAGCCACCACCUCCAGAAGACAGCCCUGACGCUGCGAUUGCUCGAUUACCGUCCGGCGAACGAUCUGAAAAGGUGGUACCACCAACGCUGACCGUCAGACCAGCACGAAAAAAUUGUUCACCCAAAGCACCCGAGAAAAAGAUGACCACCAAGACUCCGGACAAAGACCAAGGUCUUCAGCCAGCAAACACCAAAGCCCAACCGACGACAAUCGGCAAAUCUCACAGACCUAGUUCGGGUGUAUUACCACCGGGUCACACACCCGGUCCCGGGCCAGGUGGUCAACAGAAUAGUAGAAGUUUCGCGGCAGCACUGCGGAAUCUGGCCAAGCAAGCGGGACCGGCUCCUCAAGAGGAGGAGCCCCGCGCGAGUCCAAAAAAUCGGGCGCCACCUCCUCUCGUAAGAGGCCCCUCACCUGCCAAGGAACGUACCACCCACGAGCGUCGUCCCGAAGAAAUGUCGUCAAUGUAUACGACAACGAGGCCAGCGGAAAACAGCAAACACAGUGUGACAGCUGCAGCUUCCGAAUUACUAGCUCGUUCUGGCUUUCAACCCUAUCGGCCCGAACAUCAUCCGGCACAUGCACCACCCGCUUUCGCUCUCGAUCCUGCGGCCUACAGCCCUUAUCAUCAUGGUCUCUAUCCACCACCACAUCUCCAACACGCUUAUAGAUUAGAGGAACACUUGUACUUGGAGAGAUGUGGUAUGUUGAGACCUCCUUUGUUUCCGGGACUGCCAUCGUAUCCACUCUACGGAUUACGAUACAGCCCCGACAUGCUGCCACCGGCUUCCCUCGGACUCAUGUCGCCGGUUAUGCAUGAACGAUUGAAGCUCGAGGAGGAACACAGACUGCGACAAGCUCGCGAACAAGCUGCAUUGAGGGAAGAGGAGGAGAGGAGAAGAGUCGCAAGAAACUCAGCACCCACGGGUCCUGCUGCCGCACCCGCUCCCACUUCAGCCGAUACUGCAGCUAGGAAGCCGACCAUAGCGACUCAAUUGCACAACGAGAGGGAACGAGGAGACCGAGAUCGUACAAACCCGGGGGGAGUUACCAGUGGGAGCAGCAACAACAACAACAACAAUAACAACGUAAUUGAGAACAGCAUGAAGAGUUCGCACAACCAAUCGCGAAAGGACGAUCAAAAUUCCGUGCUAUCAGCCUCGCCCUCCGAUCAACAGCAACAACAGCAGCAGCAGCAGCAAGGCGCGUUGUAUCAUUCGCGAUUAACACCAUUUACGAGUCCAGUCGGUGGAUUGGGUUCGUCGCACGGGUCAAUAUGUUCAGUCAGUUCGUCACCAAUGCCACCUCCUCCGCCAUCAAUCGUCAAUAACUUACCACCGAGUUUAAACCUCGGAUCGACGGGAGUUUUGAGCAGCGCUCCCAUUGGCCCACCACCAAUACCCUCUAUAACUCCCUUAAAUCCCGGAGUCAUGCCUGUACAAACAUCCCCGAGUCCACAAACACUGGGUCUACCUCUGGGACCAAUGAUCCCUAAUCUCCAUCUUCCUUCGGUGCAAUCGAGUACCGGCCUAUCUAGUCAGCAUGUCGGAGGAAUAUUGGGUAACCCGAUACUUUCCCCAACGACAACGAGCAGUCCAGUAUAUCAACCUCAUCAACCCGCCUUGAUCCAUCAGCCGAUCCAGCCUUCUCACCUUACGAAUAACGGUUGCACAACAACGACCAACUCAUUGCUGAGCAGUGCGACGAUGACGACUCACGCGACCCACACUCUCACAACGCCGGGGGCAGCCCCCUCGCUCCCAAACUCGGUCAAUCACACAGCCAACAUCCACAAGUCACCUUCGAUUUCGCAUCCGCUACAAAUAAUACCGCGAAGCAAGGAACCUAUGACAACAACGAGCUGCGCUAUCCUCCAACAAAUGACGACGUCCAGUGUCAUGAGCGUAACAGCGAUGACAACGACUACGGCUUCGAGCGCAGCUCCCUCGGUGCCCCAUCAUCCGGCUUUCGUAAGACCCUUUGAGGAUUCCUUUCGUUCAACCGCAAAACCACAACCGUGGCCAAUAGUCAAUAAUCAUAAUCAAAAUGCCGUUAAUCAAAUAAAUAAUCAGGAGACUAUGAUUAAGACCAGUGUCAACAAUAAUCAUCCGAUAUCCGGACAACCUUUGCAAGAUAAUGAUUCCAUCGAUGGCCCCAAAAUUACGACGAAUCAUCAACAAACGAACAACAUGAGCUCAUAUUCCUCCGCGGGCUUUCAUCAUUCACACAUUCCGGUCUCUCACGUCUCGAACCUCUACAAACCGCCCCAAUUCUCUUGUUCCUCGACCCCACUUCCGGUCCAACCGUCUACGAAGCUCAAUAUUCCAUUGGUCAGUACAACUGGAAAUUGUUCGAAUCUGACAACCAACAGCAUUGGACUCAUCAAUGGGAAUAAUAACAAUAACAAGACGCUUAGCUCCCACUCGAUAAGCGAUUUACAACAGUCGUCAGCCGUCGCGAGAAACGAUCUGUUAACGACCUCCAAUGAGCAUGCGAUCACGAACACCGCUACGACGACCACCACCGCAGCGACUACCAUGACCACGACGACCACGACAACUUCGACUACGACAACAACAUCAACCUCAAGCGUCAAUUAUUGCUCCACGAAUAACCUCACCGCCGCCUUACCCCCCAGACCCGUAAACUCAAAUUACAAAAGUAUCAUGGACGUUGUUCGAGAAAACAAUAAAAUCAGCGUGAACAAUGAAAAAGCCAGAAUGGAUAUGCUCGCUCGACGUCAAUCUCCGUUGGUCUUCGUCAAUCGCGAUAAUCCAAAUCAUGAAAAAACAUUAACACUGCCACAAACAGUCCAAGAAACGAGCAUCAAUGCUUCGUCCAAAAUCGAUAUAAAUACGAGCAACGAGACAGAGGAAAAAAUAAAAAUCGAAUCAAGAACACAGAACGAACAGAAUAGCGUAGCAUCCGCGUUACCCUAUGAUACCCUAUUCAAGUUAGGCCGCAAUGAUCCAUUGCCUAAAAGUCUUGAAACGUCGCAAAUCAUUCAUAAUAUCAAGUCCGAAGAGAUAUUACGUACUUGUCAAAACGUUUCCAACGUUCUUCUGCAAAUCCCCAAAUAUCAAGAGCAAUUAUUGAACUUCUCAAGUCUCAACGACGCCAAUAAAAGCCCUUUUUGUUACACCGAUAAGUGCAAUAAUCUCACUGAGAUCACCGUCAAAUGUGAACCGGCUCUCCUCAACGUACCAGAUUUUGGAAAAAAUUUAGUCAAUCAGGAUCCCACCAAAACUGACGACUUGUCCUCGUUUGCGGUGCCAGAAAAACCAAAAAUCUUGACAUCCAGCCUCGAUCUAGCCGAGAGAAGACGGAAACGAAAAAGAGAACGGAAUUCCGGUUUGGCUUAUAGUUCCGAUUCCGAGAGCGAUGAUGACUCCAAAGACAUCGAUAUUUGGAUAACCAAAGGUCCACCUGCUAAGCCCCGGUACUCGGAACAAAAACUCGCAUUCCUCGCCAUGUUUGGACUCACCACUCUCAGUACGAGGAACGAGAUCGAAUUGUACAAAGUCGAAAAAAGAUACAAACUGCACCCGGACCCACCAGAUUCUCCGGUCGAUUCCGAGGAGACGGUUGAGUCGGUUUUGCCGAUACCUCGUGAGCAUCCCGACGUUUUGUUACAAACCUCGGAUUUUACACCGAAAGUUGGUUUUUUAAAAACCAUUGGUCUCGACGUAAUGCCACCAAAAAAACGAGACGAGGCCGAAGAGUGCUGGCAAUACGUGCUGAAAGAUCGCAAAAAAAGAAAAAGUACGAACACGGUGACAGCUUACUGCGAAAAAAUAGCUAAAGUCUAUUCGACGAAUCCACCAACUUCGCCGAGACCUCCGCAAAAAAUGCGGCUUUUAGACCGAGUCAGAGUGAAACAAACGUCCGAACGACCGCCUCCGUUACCGCCACUUGUUCCUAAUUUUAUGACGAAUUAUUAUUCAACUCUACCGAUGCUCGGAGAAAACGGGUUUAGACAACAGUGUAAACUUCUUGAUAUACGGGAAAACGGAGACAGUCUGGGUGAAGAGAGGAACGAAAAAUCUCGGUGGGAUGGUAUAGAGGACAUUAUGCUCGCAUACUUCGAAUAUUCCAAAGAAAAAUUAACGGAGAAAAAAAUUCUGACGAGCCAAAUGUCAAAGUUGGCUGCCCGGUCAAACUGUCUGCGUUCAGAGGCGAUGAACUUGGAGAGAACGAGGUACGAACUCGCCUCGACGAGAACGGCACUCGACGCUGAAAAACGGAUGCUAAGCGAAAAAAUCGACAGAAUAAACGCUCUCGUUAGAAAUCUAAGAUAGCGAUGCGUGACGCACAACACGGAAACUCAUACGUCUGUGAUAUUAUCCACGGGUUAAGGGCCGUUGGCACCGGCUAAACAAGUGGCGAAACGAUUGUACUUAUCGAAUUUAGCAUGAGUAAAAGUUUAUCGAUGAGAACGGGAAAGAAAACGAACGGCAAUGCUGGGAGGUGAGGAGAAACAACGGGGAAUUGACGAGAUAAAAUAAUAGCAAAACGUACAACGCGGUAUUCCGAUAUCCAAUGUUUCAUAAUUUCAUUACCCCAAACAAAAAUUAUAUUUAAAACGGUCUAGCUCCCAAUAGGCUUAAAGCUAUAUAUCCACAUUGAAGAAUUUGAUUUUCUCGAAACAAAGAAAAAAAACGAAUUGAAAAAAACUAUUGAUAGUUCUCUCAUUUCGAUACAGCUUAAAAAGCAUUCAUAAAAUACGCGAAUCAAGAGUCACGCGACUGAGGAAAGGUAUUGAAUUGUAAUUAAAUGAAAAUAAAGCAUAAAAUCAUAUCAUUAAGGCGAGUUAACUAUGCGAACACAUGUGUACAGAGUGGAAUUGUAUAAAAGAUUGGAAAAGUCCGAAAGAAAGAAGGGAAAAAAAGCCCCGGAAUUAAAAAAUGGAUUUCUCGAUAAACUGUGAAUAAUUUAUACGAAAUUAGUCAUUCAGUUUCGACUGACGGCUCUUAUACCCAGCGUAUAUUACAUACAUAUAAAUUAUCGCGAGCGCUCAAACAGACAGAUACACGCGCUCAUACGAAAAUGCAUUAUAUGCUAUUUGUAAGGAGAAAUUUUAUUCCCUGAAAUAGGUGAAGCAUCAUGUAACUUAUUUUAUUCUCAGUAAUGUCGAACUUACUGUGCAAAUUAAUCGAAAUGACUCGUCUACGUAAUUCCUAAUGUCGAAAUGAUGAAAAACAAACACUACAACAAUGGACGAUGACUAAUGCUUGACGAAAGAAAAUGUACGUUGAUGGAUCGAAUAUGAGAUAUUGAUUAAUACAAUUAUUCGUUUACACACGCGUUACGAAUGAUUAAAUAUCAUUUACAAAGUGUGUAAACUAUAAUUGAUAAUAUCUCGAGCAGUUUGUAUUUCGAAUAUACUUUUGUACCUCAGAUAAAAAUAGAUCGUAAAAAUAUCGCGUAUCCAGCUGAGCUCGAAAAACACAUGUAAAGGCUUGGGAUUUCUUUAGGGGAUCGCGAGCACGGAGAAUCGAAGUCGGGAAAUUAAUCCCGAUAACGAAAGAAAAAAUAAAGAAAACACGUGUAUUCUAUGAAUUAUAUGUACAUCGAUCGAAAUAAUAAUUGCCGGCCAGUGAUUGAUCGAAGUGUCAAAAUAACGGUGAGAAUGAGGUACUCAGUUGAAUGAAAUUAAUUGAUGAAAAACAAUAAACACAUAAAGAAACUUUGCAUGAGAGGACAUUCCACGUGAAAAAUGAUAAAAAAUGAAGAAAAUAUUAUUCGACUGUCACAGAACAUUCCACAUUUUACAUCGUGUCGAAUUCAAAAUCGAAUGGUGAAUCCUUGUUUCACGAGCAUCAAAGUACCGACCAAAAAAGAAAUAUUGUAAAACAAACUAGGAGUUUAUUUUGGCACGUAGAGGCAUUUCGUGGUUGAACGUUUUUUUUUUAAUUGUCUCGUUCCUUUGAUCUCGAUGCUUUCUUUUUAAAAUGUUUCAAAUUCUCUGAUCAACGCGUCGAUAAUUUUCAUUCUCGUGAUAAAAUUCAAAGGAAUUUUUACCAUUUUUUUGUUCAUUGAGUGCCUAACAUUAUCCUACAUUUGUAAAUAUCAUUAUUUUUAUGUAUCGUAUUAUUGAUAAGAGAACCGCAAAUGUCUGCAGGUCUCAGGCUGGCCAGCACGAGAGUCUACGAGUAAAAUGUGAAGAAAGAAUCUCAA